ACACACCAAGGCGGGCGGGGGGAGAGAAGACGGAGGAGGCGGAGGCAGUGGAGGAGGGCCGCGGCCUGGCUCGCAACUCGCAGAGGCCGCCCGGACGAGGGACUGAGCGCCGCCGCCGCCCUCGCUGCUACCGCCGCCGCCGCUGCUGCAGGCGCCGCCGCCGCCGCCGCUCCUGUGGAGAGCCCGGUCCCGCGGAGACAUCAUGAGCGACCAGCAGCUAGAUUGUGCCUUGGAUUUGAUGAGGCGUCUGCCUCCUCAACAGAUUGAGAAAAACCUCAGUGACCUGAUUGAUUUGGUCCCAAGCCUCUGUGAAGAUCUCCUGUCCUCUGUUGACCAGCCUCUGAAGAUCGCCCGCGACAAGGUGGUGGGGAAGGACUAUUUACUGUGCGACUACAAUAGAGAUGGAGACUCGUACAGGUCGCCGUGGAGCAACAAGUACGACCCGCCCCUGGAAGAUGGCGCCAUGCCAUCCGCCCGUCUGCGCAAGCUGGAGGUGGAAGCGAACAACGCCUUCGACCAGUACAGAGACUUGUACUUCGAAGGGGGCGUUUCCUCCGUCUACCUCUGGGAUCUCGAUCACGGAUUUGCUGGCGUGAUUCUAAUUAAGAAAGCUGGCGAUGGAUCAAAGAAGAUUAAAGGGUGCUGGGAUUCCAUCCAUGUGGUGGAAGUUCAGGAGAAGUCCAGUGGCCGCACCGCUCAUUACAAGCUGACCUCUACAGUGAUGCUGUGGCUGCAGACGAACAAAGCCGGCUCGGGCACGAUGAACCUCGGCGGCAGCCUCACCAGACAGAUGGAAAAAGACGAGACGGUGAGCGACUCUUCCCCGCACAUAGCCAACAUCGGCCGCUUGGUGGAGGACAUGGAGAAUAAAAUCAGAAGUACACUGAACGAGAUUUAUUUUGGAAAAACAAAGGACAUUGUCAACGGGCUGAGAUCUGUCGAUGCAAUUCCUGACAACCAAAAAUAUAAACAGUUGCAGAGAGAACUCUCCCAAGUCUUGACCCAACGCCAGAUGUACAUUCAGCCGGACAACUAAGCCGGCCCAGGUCUGUGCAGACGUUCGCGGACAAAUCAAAGCAAGAAGCGCUUAAGAACGACCUGGUGGAGGCUUUGAAGAGAAAGCAGCAAAGUUAAAACACACAAGUACUCCAUUGACAAUGCUAACGAGACAGGCCAUGCACUCAUUAGAUUCCUUUUCUUAGAAAACAUUUUUUUCUCUCUCUUCCUCGCACCCUCCCGCCCGCCACUGGAUUUUUUUUCCGUCACUCCCCAUGUACGAUACUCUUUCCAGCGCCGCCUCAGUUCCCCCCCUGCGCCCCCCCAGCCCCGCCACCGACGAAUAAAGCUGUAUAAACUUUUUUUGGUCUCUUGCCGCUUGAUUUGCACCAUCUCAUCCUCAAAAACGCGCAGAGCAGCUCCAUAGAGAAAGCACCGGGCUGGUGCGGGGGGGGGGGGUGUCCGUGCCCCCCUUUUCUUUUUCUGCCCUCACAGUAAUAUCCGUAAGGCCUCCACAUAAUUCUGUUCCGUUUCCUGCUACCUGCACCCAGUUCAUUAAACUCUGCCCUUUCCCCAUUUUUUGUUACAUUGGUGUAAAAAAGAUGUAAAACAACAAAAGUUUAUGAAAUUCUGUGGUGUGUGAAAGAGGGAAAAAGUAAUUCUGGAGAACAUGUUCGGUGUGUGUGUGUGGGGGGGCAGCUGAGCACAGAUGCUGGAGGCUGCCCCCACCCACUCUGCCCUAUGAGAAGUUUUCCUAGUUCUGCUUUCAGUCGGGAAAUCGAGGCGCUGCCCCCCGCUUUCCCUCUUUCGGUUUCUUUGGAAUGCAAGAAGACCGUUUAUUUUUGGUUGGCUUUUUUGUUUUUUUAAAAAUUUGUAAUGCUUAAAAAUCAAAUCAACAUCUUAUACUUGAGCCUCCAUACUUAAAAUGAAAAAAAAAAUAAUAAACUGCAAAAAAAGGAAAA